AUGCAGUUCAUCUCAUUAUUUGUUCUGGUUUCCGUAGGCCUGUUUCUGCUAUCGCCUGUUAUGAUGGCCCCAACACCAGCCAGCAUGUGCACAGCCUUGAAGACACUCAACGGUAGCCUCAGCAACAGGCGGCGGUACAUGAAGCACAACUUCCCCAUCAACUACACCAUCAGGGUCCAUUAUGAGGAAGUCUUCAAACUGUCAAACAUUAACAGAAUGAGGUUACAUGUGGAGGGAUUGGAUGAGCUAGUUCUCCAGAGGUUGUGGUUCCAGGUCAACCGAGGCGUUUUAAAAAAGAUCAUCCGGGUUAUGCCAGAGAGACAUCCUUCACGUCAAUACACCACUGAGUUGGAAAGGCGCUUCAGGGAUGCGGAAGGCGUGUUUGUACAGUCACAUCCGGCUGAGGUAAGCCAGAGUUCAUGA